GUUAGGUAUAAUUCGUAUUAAUUAUCGAUGCCUUUAAUAUUCAAUUAUUUUUACAUUAGUCAUUUACCUAAAGGCCUAGGAAAUUGAAAAAUUAUAUAAUAGAACAAACUAUUUUUGCUUACUCCCUAAAUUAUCUUCUCUGAUUGAUCCACGUGUUAGGCUGUGAAGCGCUUUAACAUUCCCGUCAUUACAGAUGUUCUGUCAUUUUAGCCCAACCCCGAAAUUGGGACUUUCGUCUUACUUUCUCUUCUCCGCACAUUAGCCAGUAGCCGCAAAUUGAAAAUUUCUAGGGUUAGGGUUUGAGAUUGUCGAGUUCUGUGCUCUGGGAAUCCAUGGAAGCUGUUAGGGAAGACGGCGGACUGCUAAACGAGAUUCGACCUCCGCGUCUCGAAGACGCAGGCCUCGAAGAUUGUGCUCUUCCUCCCGAUUCCAUCAAGGAAGCUUUCCUCAAGGCCGCCACGGCCGUUCGAUCCGUCCUCUCCCCGUCCGACGGCGAAGAUGAGUCCGAUUGCGUCAGCGACCCCUGGCAGACCUCCGGCGAACCUUCCGAUAAGUUAGUCGGAAUCGCUUCAACGACGGAGCUGCAGGGCCCCUGCAGGGCCGAGAAGGGCGGAGGUUUGCCGGAUCUUACGGGCGACGAAGUGGCCGCCGGCGUUGCGGGCGCGAUAAAUGACGAGGGGAAGAAGGAUGAGGUGGUGGAACCAGAGUUACCCGCGGGAGGAAAGGCUUGCGUGGAAGGGCUACAGGGUUUGAAGAUUGAAGGAAAGGUGAAGGAGGAGGAUGAUGAAGAAGAGGAUGAAGGGCCUUUUUUGGCCGAAGGUUACGUUUGAAACCCUAGUUGUUGGGGAUUCAAAUAUUGUAGAUUUUUUUUUUUUAAAAUCAAAUUUGUGAUGGAUCUUGAAAGGAUUACAUCGAUGGAAUUAUGGAAAUGUAUGGAGUUGUUUUGGGUAUUUCGAUGAAGUUUGGGAAAUUUUCUUUCUAAUAUUAUUAUAGAUACAUUUGAGUUUGUAAAUUUCAAUGCAAGUGAAAAUUAUAAGUUUAUAAAAA